GUGAGUUUUGUGAAUAAUUGGGGUUUUAAUUUCAGGUUUUUUCAAACAACAUUUUGCUUAAAAUGACUCGGUAAAUCCGUUGAAAAGUGUAGCGCGAUGUGGUUUCACUGAUAUCCGGUGCUUUCUGUUUUUGUUUUUUGUUGUUGGUUUCGACGUUUUGUUUUUUUUUUGCUCCAUAAGAUUGUAAUGGCUGAAAGCAGCGAUCUUCCCCCUGUUUGUUCUGACACAGAGGAGCAGGCGGCUGCAGGAGGAGGUUUGAGUGAAGCUCAGGAGGAAGUUUUGGACAGAUGUCUUCAUGCACUCACACAUGCAAAAAAUGACAGCCACACUCUGGCUGCUCUUCUGCUGAUCACCCGCCUGUGUCCAGCGAGCCAACUCGAUAAACUGACGUUGAGGCGCAUCUUUGAGGCUGUGGGUCUUAACCUUCCAGCUCGGCUGUUGGUGACAGCAGUUAAAGGCAGUGACACCGCUGGUUUGCCCCUGCAAGAACUCCUUUCACUGGGAACUGCUCUCUUGGCCGCCCUGAGCACAGACCCAGACAUGGCGUCACAUCCACAGCUCCUCGCCUCUGUCCCACUUCUGCUGGGCAUCUUAGCAAACUGCCCAAUGUUAAACCAGCAGAAAGACAAAGCCGAAGAGCAGAAGCAAGCUACAGAUGGAAGGAGACCCGAUGAGCAGACACCAGAAAGUGAAGUCCACUCAGGAUUGAGCAUGGAUGAGUCUGAGAGAGAGUGUGAAACCAACAACCAGAAGGGGGCAGCAAAUGGAGCAUCAUUUCAGCAUCCCACACCAUCCUGGAAGCCCGAUGAAGCUGUGGCCGCAGACUGCUACCAGGUUCUGUUUGCUGUGUGCGCCUCACCCAGAGGUCCUGACCAGCUGCUGAGUCGGGGUGCCGUUUCCGCUCUGUGCCAGUCGCUGGAACUCAACCAGACCUGCAGCCACGACAAAGGGCUUGUGUUGCUGAGCAGCCUCCUGUCUGGGAAAAUGAAGGAUAAAGUGUGGCGCAAACAUUCAGCAGAACUCCUCAAGCUUCUGCUCAGACUCUCCCAAGACUUCUGCCAAGCCACAGACCAGACCCGGUUGGAUAUGUGUACCCAGCUGGUGCACUUUCUCCCCCCUGUAGGAAUGCUAACACAGUCUGAGGACCUGAAGGAAGCAGUGACCCACACGUGGAGAGCGUUGAGACCCAUGAUGCAGUCCAGGUUGACGCAGAAGCAGAUCCGGCAGAUCCUGAUCCUCAGUGCGUGUCUGCUGGAUUUGUACGGGUGGGAUCUGGUGGGGCCGCCGAAGUUCUGCUGUUUACUGGUGAACCGGGCCUGUGUGGAGGUCAGAAUGGGUUUGGAGGAGCCUCCUGGUAAAGAGAUGAGCCCGGAACUGCAGCACACACUCACAGCCUGUUACCGUAUCAUGGAGGCAGCAAUCGAACAGGCCUGCAGUGUCGGAGUCACGCAGGCUUCCGCGCCUCCUCCGAGUGGCGCCUGUGCACUCAGUCUGCAGCAGAGCAGGCAGGUCCUGAAGGUGCUGGAGGAGGCCUUCUCUGCUGUCAUGUACCGCUUGCAACAGGUUGAUCCAAGUCACCAUGGUGACCCUUUCAUUUUUGCUACGUUCCGUUCCCUCUGCUCGUGGCUUGCUGAGGAAACGUCUUGCCUGAAGGAGGAAGUGACGGCUCUGCUGCCAUUUCUGAUCGGCUACUGCAGGAGCCACCUGCAGGGAGACAGCCAGGGGCGGGGCCUCUCUGACUGGAUGACCGACAUGUCCGUCAACCAGGAAGGAGGAGCUUGGACAGGAGAAGAACCUCUGAGGUAUCUCCUCCCAUCGCUGUGCCACUUGUCAGCAGAAGAACAGCCCCGGAAGGUGCUGCUCGCCCUCGACACGCCCAAACUGCUGGUGGACUUCCUGUCGCAGUGCUGGAGCUCCCUGAGGAGGAGCGGUGCAUCAUCGGCCGUUUGUCCCAGCAUGGAAACUGCCUGCUCAGCACUUCUCAACUUCACAGUCACAGAGCCAGACCAAGUCAGGACUGACCCGUGUUUCAACACACUGGAGGAUCUUUUGAAUGAAGCACUUCCUGUUUUGGUGCACAAACAUCAACUUCUGGUCCUUGCAGCAAAUUGCUGCACUUUAAGAUUAAUGAUCGGCAGAUUGAGACCGGCUCCGACAGGUGUUGCGGAGGCCAGCCAAAGACGCUUCUUCUCCACUGCUCUUCUGUUUCUCCAAGCCGCCUUGGACUCCAGCUCCAGCCCUGGACCGGUUCGUGUGAGUGUCAUCUGGGACAGUUUUUGGGACAAAGCUGCAGAGCUAUGGAGGUUGGGGCUGCAAGCUCUGGGAGGCUGCAUCCGGGUGCAGCCCUGGAUCACUGCCCUGAUCAGAGACGAAGGUUGGCUCAAACGCGUACUUGCCAUCAUGUGUCAGUGUAGCGCGCUACCUGACCAGCACACACGGGAGGCGCUAGAGGAAGCUCUGUGCGCCAUCGCAGACCAGUGCCCGCUGUGCAAGCAGGAGAUCACGGAGGCCAUGAUGACAUGUAAAGGAGCUUUGAACAGUUUGGAGAAGCUGAAGAAGUCAGUUGGAGUAAAGUGACACCACACUUUGGGGAAAAAAAAAAUCCACGAAUACAAAGAAGAAAAAUCCAUUUCCUUAAAUUUACCCUCAAUAUGAAGACAU